AGUCGCAUGGAAGCGCAAAAUAAGAUGCUGCUGUGAAAAAUUUUCUCUCGUUUUUCUUAGUUUUUUGUCAAUAUCACACGAUAAAUUGCUGGUUUUUAGUAAUAAACCAUGUCCAAAAGUACCAAGGAAUUGAUACAGUGGAAGCUUCUUUGGAAGCUGGUGUCCGGCAAUCACUAUGACACCCCUCUGGAGGAUGUUGAUGACAAAUUGUCCGAGGUAGUGGAUGAAUUGAGACAGGGACUGAAGCAGUAUGGAAAAAAUACGACGAAAUCCGAUGAAAAACUUCGUGAAGUUGUAAAAGAGGCUGGACAGGAGAAAUUGCUAUCUUUUUGCCAACGCCUUCAGCAUUUUCUCGAUAUUGAUGCCCUGCAAACUUGGUCACUGCUGUGUUCUUAUCUCUUGACAGAGUACAGAGGUGCACCAAAUUCCCUGUCAUUGUAUACAGCCAAUGAGGAGAGUAUGAUGCAAUUCCUACAGGACAUUUGGAAGUUCUAUUCCAUGGAACGUAUGGUGGUGCUGAAGAUUGUCCGAAAUAUUCUGGAAUUUCACAAAUCUCAUGUACACCCCUAUGCCGAUGCAUAUGACAAAGUGCUGAUGGAGAUUGAUGUGAAGAAAUUGAGGGAGAGUUUGCUGAGUCAGCUGGAAAUGUUGAUCAAGGAACCACCACCGAGUACCUCUUCCAGCUUCGGUAAGCAAUUGUUUAAUAAAAUUCCACAGUGGUGUGAGAGGAAGCUCAAGGAGAUCAAUGAGAUUCUGCAUCUUCUCAUUCUCGUUGUGCAUUUUGACGGUAUUUCCGUGAAGGAGUUCAAACAAUUGCUGGAUCUCUUUAAGUAUCACUCAUUUGGGCGACAGCAGCAGUACAUUGAGAGAUCUUCACAUGAAGAACUUGCCAAUAAGAUUAAUUUCAGUGAAGUUGCUUUGUUUAUUUGCUGUGUGAAUAUUUCUAGUAGGAAGGAUUCUGAGGAAUGGUUAUUGGAGGUACAGAAAUUGGAUAAGGAAAUCUUGGGAAUGCAUCAACAGCCCGAACAUGGACCUAUUUUGCUCUUUUGGAUGCUCCUGAACUUUCGUUUAGCCAUCACACGAAUUGACGAAGAACUCAUGCGGAAGUACACAAGGUGCGGUGGUAGGGCUACUCAAUUGGGUGUCUUUCAGUAUUUGACACAGAUGAUCCGGGAACCUAUGUUCCAAGAAAUGAGUCUCUUGGCUAAAAUUGUUCGAACGUGUAUUUAUGAGAAUUUGGGAUUUCUCUGUGAACUCUUCGAUGAGGAUGGAUCUGUUGGCAUGAAACCGGGUGUUUUUGAUCUUUUGGCCGAACUCCUGAAAACCCCAAAAAUUUCUGGUGAAUUUUGUUCAUGUGAGAAUGCUGCAGUAAGAUCACUCUUUAAUACAGCCAUUGAAUAUUUUCCUGAGGAUAUUCUUCCUCUGGCUCAAUUGGCCACAUCUCUAACUACAUCCGGUGCUAACCAAUAUGCUUUUGUGCGGGAUCAUUUGAUGACACUACCCGUGUAUACGGAAGCCCAAUCCCAGAAACAAUUUGAUCUGCGUCAACAUACCGAAGUUGAUGAAUAUAUUUUGGGCAGUGACUAUACACCCUUUCCCGACAUUCCGUAUGUCAUCCGCAAAGGCACAAUUGUUGUUGUUAUUGACAAAAAAGAUCAUACACUCAUGCACUUUAAGGCACCACUUGAUUUCUUUCAUGUGCUGCACCAUGAGAUGAAUGAACUGAUGAGGGAAUUGCAGGAAUUCACAGUGAUCAGGGAAAAACGAAUUGAACGAGUGACGGCGGGAAUAAAAUUCCUGGUGGCUGUACUGAAGAGAAUCAAGUCACCCGAGGAUAUCAAUGAGAGUAUGGUGUUUCCCACGGAAGAGGUACUCAUCCUCCUGGCCAGAUUGCGUGAAGUGCAGGAUCCAUCGAUGGAAUUAAUGUCAUGUUGCUUGGAUGUCUGUACCGCACUCAUUCCCCUAUUCCCCAACGAGAUCCUCCGCAGAGUCAUUAACACCAACAUCCUCCCGACAAUUCCCAACAGAACACUCUCAUAUGUCGAAUACGCCAGAGCUGUGAGCUUCAAUUCUGGCAGCCUUGGAUACUAUUUGGUCAAUGCUGAAACGACAAGUGGCAAAUAUGAUUUUCUCAAAGCAUAUUUUCGCUUUUUGAAAGCCGUCUCAGUAGGCGAUGGAGAUGUAGAGAAAAUGUUCAAUGUUGAAUUGCCAGGAUUGCUUUUCCUCCUGCAUGCUGUUUUUCCCCAUUGUCACUCGUGGAAGUUUCUCGAGAAAACCGACAAGUCCACAGUGUACAUCUUUGCACUGGAACACUUCCUCAGGAUCCUGCAGGAUGGAGUAAGUGGAAAGAUCCAUCGACGCCUUCUGGUAGAUGUGACAAUCUUCAGUUUACUCAAUCUCGACUGUGGCCUUACACUUUUGCGAUUUGUCGGUGUUGGCAAUGGGAAUUUGGAAGCAUUGGUACAGGCAGAAACAAAUUGGAUGAUGAUUGCAAAUUCCGGACUCAAUCUAAUCAUUCAACUCUCAAUGACCAUUCUCAUGCACAUUCUCAAGCAAAAGGUCACACUGGAGAGUGAUACAAAAAGUCUGUCGCCACUUGAGAGUGUCAUUUACACUCAGCCCAAACAGAGGGAUCCCCUCCGAAUCAUCCCAGUGGUCACCAGUUACAUGGAUAACAUCUUCAACAGACGCCUACCCUUGUUGGCAUGCCGUCUCCUGAGACGCUUUGCCAUCGAGUUCCGGAUGUCCCUGUUGGCGUGUCUAGACAUGGAUGCUGAUCACAUUCGUGUAGUGUUCCUCCAACGACUGAGGGAUGAAGCAGAACGUGAUGAUGUCAAGAUAGCCAUACUGGAAUUUGUAGAAGCAUGCAUUGAUUGUCAACCAGGUCUAGUGGAGGCAUUCUUCAGUGUUUCCAAUGAUCGACGUGGUUUACUGGGUAUCAAGAGUACCAAGAAACUUCAUAUACUCACCGAAGGAAUUCCCGUCUACAUGACAGAAUACCUCAAUGUUGUCCAUAAAGAUCCGGAAAAGAUUGCCAAUCCAUUGCUAAGUCGCAUAAUGUCCCUCUUUCAUGCUAUCUGGCGCAACAAUAUGCAGAGUUUGGUGGGAACACUCGUAGCUAGUGACACCUUUUGGCCAUCUCUCUGUAGUCCACUCUUCACAACCAUCAAUCCCACCGUCAAAGCCUACUCCCAGUUAUUCAAUAUCAUGGGAAUUGAAGCAUUCAAAGCCAACACAGCUGAAGCAAUGCCACUAAAACUCAAAGAGUGCUUUGUUAAAUUUCUAAAACCAGAUACCUUCACCAAAUGGCUUGAAAUUAUCUUCACAUUUGAUGACAAUGAUGACAAUUGUGAAGGAGAUGUUCCUGAGUGGCUGUGUCGUUUGCAAUCCUUCAAGGAUCUCAUGGUAGUCCUGUUACGUCGAAAUUAUCCCGAGAUCCCGGUUAAAUGCAAAAAAGUCCUCAUCAGGAUCUGUUUUCAGCGUCUUGUGACCAAAGCCAAGGCGGCUGAUGACUUCAGACCCGUGAUAAUCCUCGCUGAACUUUUCCUAGUGUCCAUGGAAAAUAGCCUGGGAAAAUUUGUGGAUAAUGAAAAGGAAGAUCGUGAAUUACUGAAGAAUUCGGCAGAUCUCCUCAAUUGUCUGGCACUCUCAUACGAUGAUAUUCACGUGAGAGCUCGUGAAGCCAUCUUAGGUGCCACAAUAGAGAUCACACGUGCCCUUCCCGAUGAUCUGGUGGAUGAUGUAGAGACAACAAGGAGUCUCUUGUGUGCCACAAUGGAUAUUAUAUGCACAGAACUUAUGGAUGUAGAGAGAAAAGUGAGGCAGAAGACAACAGAAAUCACAAAUAGAGGUUCUUCACUUAUACUGGCCAUGCACCUUCUCCGGAAUAUUUUGAUGAUUCUCGAAAAGAAUCAAAUUGAUGUAUGGCAUGAAUGGUUGGAAUCCUACAAGAUGGCCAAUAGACUCUUGAGUGCAGUCAAUGGGAUUUUCCAUUCGCAUGAACAUAGAAAAAUCACAACUGAACUUCUCAAUCUCCUUGUGAUUCUGGCCAAGACUCUACGUCCCGAUUACCUUCUCCACUGUGAUGUUGUCUACUAUCUCUGGCUCAAUCUUCUGCCACCACGAGAGCUAAAUCAAUCACUUCAAUCGGGUCAAACCACUGGGAAAUGGCACACACAAGAUUGGCUGCCAAUUUAUGCACGAGGAGUGGAGUUAGUGGCAGUCCUUCUACAGAGAAAUACACACAUUUUCUUCAGGGAUGCAAUUAAUUUUGUGGGAGUUCAUGAAGAAUUCCUAAUUGCAUCGAUAAUGCUGGCCAAGGAGUCUCUGGAAGCCAAUGCUCUUGCUCUAAUUAAGACUGUUCUUGAUCUCGUGUAUGAAAUGGCCAAGUACCAUCGUCUCUGGAGGCUGGAACAUCCGCAAAGUAUGAUGAAUAUCAUGAGAAGUAUUCAGCAACUAAUGGACCACGCAAUUUCACUGCUUCAUCGACCAAAUCAGCUCAGUCAACUCCUGACUACUCCUCUGACUUCCAUAAAAGCGAGAAGUGAACCAAAUCCACCGGUUCAGCCACACAAAGUUCUCAUAACUGCCAUGAAUGAAUUAAUUGAGAUUAUUACACUUUGUGCUAAGACAUUGUUGAUCUUCAGUCCUAAACUUAUGGAUUUGCUCUGUGAACCAGAAUUUCAGCCAUCACAGUGGCAAGCACUCAUUGAGAUUCAAUUUAAGACGCCUGCAUUGAAUGAAUCUGUUAGGCAUUUAUCCCUAGGAGCUCUCCUGACGGCUGUGGUUACUCUGACAAAAUCUCUGAAAUUGAUUCAGUACAAUUUCACAGAGUAUCCGCUGAAUUAUAAGGAUUCUGAUCGCACGGAAAUGAGCAUAAGUACUUCAGUUAUCGAUUAUACACAAUCAACAACAACAACAACAAGUCCUCGACCACCUUUUGGAAAGUCCCUGUCAACAUCGAGCUAUGGAACACCAACUCCUUCCGAUGAGAUUCUAUCAAAGCUCAAUGGGAGACUCUGUGUCAUGGCUUUGGAAUAUUGUUUGACUCUUGUGGCCAGUCAGAGUCUUUUGGCUCUGCGGGAUCCUAAUCUGUCAAUUGUGGACAAGCAGCUUAUCCGAAAGGAACUAAUGAGCAAUGAAUUGGCUUUUUUUCAUGAUUUUGUGAAGAAGAGAAUACUUCUCAAUGGAAGAACAUUCAAUGGUAGGAAGAAGUAUGGCUUCCUGAAUAUUCCUGGUAGGUCACAUGCCAAGCCAGAUGAUGAUCAAGGAGGAGAAUUUCCAAAACCAUCUACUUCCAAGGGUAUUAGCCAAAGGGAUUCAAUGAGGGUGAAAAUGGUGAAAAAGUUACAUCAGCAGAAAGCCCAACCUUUCAUAACGUCAACGCCAAUGAAGGAGACUUUCUUGCCAAAUACACCGGGAUUUGAAAGUAAUACUCCCAUUAUGAAACCACUUCCAUCCGGAAGCAAUCCGAUGGACAAAAGGCUUUGCCUGAGGGAAGAAAUUCAAUUUCAUGAGGGUGAUCCUCCACCGCCAACUCUCAAUAUUGCUAAAUUUGUUGAGGAGGACUAUCUACAUUUCCUUUCUUACCUUUUCACCUCGGUCUGCCACUCAGAUGUUUAGUUUAUUUCCUAAAAACCAAAUCUCUCAUGAACUAUUUUCCGUAAAGCUGAAUAAAUGCCGUUACUAUAUGAA